AUGAAACAAUUAGAAGAAGUCUUGCGUCAAGCACGCGAACUUAUUGAUAAGGGCAAAGCCCUGGCAUGCACUGACAACGAUGAAGGUGAGAUCUUGCGCCAGGCACUCAAGACUGCUGAAAAGGGGAAAGCUCCAGCCCACGAUGACACUGGGGGAAGUAGGAAGAAAACUCCAGGCAAGGCGAGUUGGAAGCCACUACCUGCUCAGCCUCUUUCCCUUAAGAAGGGUGCUACGACCUCCGAUGCAGGAACGCCCUGCAAGGAUGUGAUGGAACCACCCCAACCACCCCCAAGAUUCCCCGCACUUAGGGAUAUGAUCGAUCAGAUGAGGCACACUCGGGACUUGGAGGAUAGACUCCGACGGUGGGUGAGUCACGGACUCACUGCCCCCUUACCUGCUAUAGCACCAGUGGAGAUUCCCCCACCACAGUACCACCUUUAUCCUCCGAAUCAACCGGCGAAUGCAGCAGCCCAUUUCCCUCCGUAUCCCAUGGAUGGGGACGAGUAUGAGAACAGCCCACCUAGGGGCCCAGUAGUCGAUGCACUGGCACCCCCACUAGUACCACCACCGCAGGAGCCAGCCGAUGAGCCCGAGGUACCUAGGCGGUACCGCAUCCGCCUAGAGGAUUACGGACAGCCCUUUGCCCUACCAGAGAAGGACAUGAUGGGGCCAGAAAUUAUGCUAGAAGACCCACCUAUUCCCCCAGCCCUCCCAGCGCCAGCAGACAACGACAUUCCCAUCAUAGAUGUAGAGGAGGAGGAGGAUCCAGAGGAGGACCCCGAGGAGGAUCCAGAGGAGGACCCCGCAGGCUUUCAGGAUUGGGAGAAUGAGGACUCAGCAUUGUUGGGAGACGGCUCUGUCACUGACUCAUCCUAG